UAUAUGAAAGCAUCCUACUUUGACAUCAUUGAUAAAAUAUAUUUACCUGAUAACUAAUGUGCAGAAUUUAUGUUUUUGUGUUUAGUCUUUUUUUAUUUUUCAAUAAUCAUUAAACUACAUCAAUCAAAGCUUAAAAUGUAAUGGUUAAAUAUACUAUAAUACAUAUAAUAUAAUUAGUGGUCAACCGAUAUAUAGCCAAGGCCGAUAUAUCGGCCGAUAUUUUACAUUUUUUAAAUAUCAGACGAUUACUUUUUCUAUUUAUAUAUAUUUAUAAUAUACAUAAAUGUUGCUGUCUAAGAUCUCAGCAUUGGCCAUCAAAAAAUCAACGGUCGGUCAACCACUAUUAUUAAUAAUAAUAAUAAUAUGUAUAUAUUUAUUAAUUCAUUUAAUAAUAAAAAUAAUAGCAAUUAUUUUGAUUAAAAAUCAAUUAUGACAGUGUCGUCGUUAACAAAUACUGAUCAAACCGAUAACCAGUGACUGCACUGCAUCACUCACCAUAUAAUGCUCAUCUUUAUAUGUAUAUUUUGUAUGUUUUGACACCUCACUUGCAUAACUUUCUUCGCCUCUCAAACACUCUCUGAUCGCAAAGAAUCGUUGGAAGCUAUUUAUUCAUUUGUCACCCGACUUACAGUAGGCCCGUCAAACUAUAGCCUUGACCCUGAUGUUAAAACACGGGCAACAGGUGCGUCCUCGCCCAGUUCAGGCGUAAAUUUCAUGACUGCUUGAGCCAAGUCACAGGGCCACAGCUGCAGAGGUCAACAAGCUUUAGUAGAGGUUAAAUAAAGCCUGUGUGGUGUGAUGAUGCAGUGUUUAUCAUUUAUACAGGCUUAGACUUAUUUAUACUCUUUUCUAAAACUGUUUUUAUUACCACAGCAGCUUGUACGCCAGGUAUAUCGAAUUUCAUUAGACCAGAGAAAACAAUAAAAUGAUACAUAAUAAUAUACAUGCAUAUAUAAAUGUGAAUAUAUAAAGGACAUCAAAAAUUAUUUAUGUGCUUUACAAACGUAGCUCACGAAUCAUAUUUCAGAGCCAUAACUAUCCAUUUCAUCAUAACUCACUCCUCUGCAUCUCCAUCUGCUCGGUCAUGUUUGAUGCCCGUGAUUUGGCUGCUCGCUCUCUGUGAAGGAACAUGUGGUCUGGAGCACGUCGCCUUCCAGUGGGACCAACACCUCCCGUGUUUCUGUCCUCGAUUCAACCUCUCCUCCUCUUCCUCUCCCAUCUCUCCAUCUAAUCUUCCUUUCGAAACCGAGUGUUUCUAGGGACAAAUGGCUCAAUAUGUGUGAGGCAACAUCCAUUCGUUUUUACAACCCCGUCGCUUCUUGCCAGCCUGCACUUUGAGUCUCUGCUCUGCUGGCAAACCCCUCGUCGUCUUCAUAACUUUGCCAGAUUGUGCAAGCCUCUUGAUUUCAUGCUUUGGAUGCAUUUAUGACCUUCGGAUCUGGCCUGUUUGUUAUUUCCAGGAAUACUGAGGAGAAUAAUGCUCUGAUAUCAAGGUUUCAAUUGGCUGUGUUGGCCGUUGCUGGGAGGUUUAUUGUCAAAUACAUUCGAAAAGGGCGAUUAUUUUGGUAAUCAGGGUUUUUUCCGCCGGACCAUUCGCCUCAAACUGGAGUACGACAAGUGUGAACGCCGCUGUAAGAUCCAAAAGAGGAACCGAAACAAGUGCCAAUACUGUCGCUUUCAGAAGUGCCUGUCUGUGGGCAUGUCCCACAAUGCCAUCCGCUUUGGGCGAAUGCCACAGUCGGAGAAGCUGAGGUUAAAGGCGGAGAUCCUAACAGGGGAGCGAGAUGUCGAGGACCCGCAGCUUGCCGAUCAGAAAACCCUGGCCAAGCAGAUCUACGAGGCCUACAUGAAGAACUUCAACAUGAACAAAUGCAAAGCACGGACCAUCCUGACGGGCAAGACGAGCACGCCGCCUUUUGUGAUCCAUGACAUGGAGACGCUGCAGCUGGCCGAACAGACUUUAGUGGCCAAGUUGGUGGGCUCUUCUGGAGGGCUGCUGAAUAAGGACGCUGAGGUUCGGAUAUUUCAUUGCUGCCAGUGCACCUCGGUUGAGACGGUGACUGAGCUGACGGAGUUUGCCAAGUCCGUGCCAGGCUUCUCAAACCUGGACUUAAACGACCAGGUGACGUUAUUAAAGUAUGGCGUCCAUGAGGCGCUCUUUGCCAUGUUGGCGUCAUGCAUGAAUAAAGACGGUCUGCUGGUCGCGUACGGUAGCGGCUUCAUCACCAGAGAGUUUCUGAAGAGCUUACGACGACCAUUCAGCGAGAUGAUGGAGCCCAAGUUUCAGUUUGCGAUGAAGUUCAACUCCCUCGAACUGGACGAUAGUGACCUCGCACUGUUUGUUGCUGCCAUCAUCUGCUGUGGAGAUCGGCCAGGCCUGGUGAACGUCCCACACAUCGAGCGAAUGCAGGAGAACAUCGUCAAUGUGCUUCAUCUGCAUCUUAAGAGCAACCACCCGGAUCACGGUUUCCUCUUCCCCAAACUCCUCCAGAAACUAGUGGACCUGCGGCAGCUGGUGACGGAGCACGCUCAGUUAGUGCAGGAAAUCAAAAAGACGGAAGACACUUCGCUGCAUCCCUUACUGCAGGAGAUUUACAGAGACAUGUACUGAGUCGGGUUUCUCAAGACGGCUCGUUCGUCCAGCUGACUUCUAGAUGAGCGCGGAGAGGGCCGUUUCUCUCAGGGGCCCUCAUCUACCACUAUUUCCGGGAUUUCUGGAUGAAAACGCCAUCGGUUAGAUGCGCGGAAAGGGCUCUUCAUUAUCGUUGAGUUAAACAAUGGUUUCUGCGGUUGUUGGUUUAAAGAGAAAAUCAAUGCAAUGCCAACUAAAAUGCAUCCUGUGGUUAUAUGGACUUUUUUGGGGAAAUUUUAUAAACACUUACUGGUCUCUCAGGCCAGAAACCCUAAAAUCCAACUUAUUCAUACAGCAAUAUCCUUUUUUUAUACAGUUACUUUUUUGAAUAGUGUACACUUCAGUAAAACCACCCAAGUGACUUCCACCUACCGUAACUAGUGAAACUGACCGUUUUGUAACGCUAUAGGGACUUUGCUUCAUGAUUAACGGUGUUUCUUUUGAUCAUGCUAACAUUAAGCACCGAGCGAAUGAAAAUACGACUCUAUCUUGAACAGUUUCCAGCCUUUGAAUUCCACCAUUUGCAAAUGUUCAGUGCUGCGGUAAAACUUGAUAUUUGUAGACGAUCAUGAUAAACGUGAAUUAUUUAUUGCUUUAUCGUUCACGCUUGACUUCAACACAAUAUUACGCUUCAGUUUGACCAGUGAAGACACUUAGACAUCUCCAAGCAUCCAUCAGUGCAGCUUACAAGUUUUAGAUGCCCAAAUACAAAGCAGAUCGAUACCUCACGACCGAUGCCUUCUGACAGAGCACACGCGCUCCACUCAAUAGGUAGUGCUGUUUUACUGUAAUCUAGUGUUUCAAGGGCUGAAAGAAAUGAAAAUGAGGCCCGUUACAGCAUUCAUACUUCAAACAUCAUCAACACUGCGAGUUUCAGCACUGAGUGUGUUUUUGCAGCAUGUUGAUUUAUUGCAAUGUUGACUUUAAUGAAGCAACAUGCAAUAUUCAAGUGAACGACACACCAAUUCUUUGAACAUGGUUGCAUUUUAAAUGCAGUGAUGGACAUUUUUGAUUCUAUGUAGAUUAAUUACCAUUGGCAUGUGAAUGUGACGUCCCUACUCAGGUAAAUUAGAUGUAAUGACUAUAAAGUUUGUGUUAGUUCUCAAAGGGCCCAUAGCUGAUAACCGUUUUAUAAUAUAUGGCCGUUAUUAAAGGAAACACUCAAUGCAGUAACCCAGAAACACUUUAUUUUCUGUAUAGAUCUGCAUUUGCACUGUUCCUGAAACUUCACACAUUGAUUUAAUUUCCUUCCUGUCUGAAUUCUUUUCAUACCAUUUGUCUGUCUGUCCCUCCAGCAGUCCGUCGCUCUUCUCCGUUCUUGUCACUUUCUCAGAGAACCGCAGUGCCUCGUCUCAUCUUCGUAGUGAAGAACUCAUUCUACAGCAACUUUUUUCCUCCCUAUAUGAACCAGAAAGAGAAGCUAAAAUAUGUCCGUGUCAUACCGUGUCAAACUCUGUGUGCAGUUAUCUACGUUAAAAGUUGGGCUGCUCACAAACAAGGUGUUUUUGCAUUCCAUUCAUUGCUGCUUUUCCAGUGUUUUUGUAUGUAAACAUGCGCUAGACGGACAUCUUUGACUUGAGUGUUUAAUGCAUUUAAAAAUGUAGCACUCAAGUUAAAACUUCAAGGUCUUGAGACCUUGGUGUCCAUUCCACUGCCCUGCGUCUCACGUUUUUAACCGCAAAAAAUGCAUUCUGUGUAAUCAAGCCCUAACGGUGUGGUCAUAUUAAUGAAAUUUUGCAGGGAAAAGAAGAUCCGUUGUCUAUCGUCAGUAGCAUCGCUCACACAGAAGUCACUUUCAAACCAAGCAGAUUUCUAUUGGUGAAAGUGGCGAAUUCACUUAAAAAUGAGUGAAAUCUGUGAGAGGAACUUUUCUGCCUUCAUGUGAAACUCCUCAUCACUCAAAUGCCUAUUGAAAUUAUUGGAUUUCGCCUAUGAAAUUUCAUUGAGCAAUGGGUAAAUGUAAACCUAGCUUGUUUCCACCACUGAAUAAAAAAUAAAAAUAGUAAUUGUGACUUUUUAUCUUGCAAUACUGACUUUUUUUUUCCUCGGAAUUGGGUCAGUCUUUUUUCCUCAGAGUUGGGCUUUAUAACUUGCAAUUAGAAGUUUAUAUCUCAGUUGUGAGAAAAGAAGUUAAAAUUGUGAGAUACAAACUCGCAAUUUCAAGAAUUUUGAGGAAAAAGUCAAUAGCGAGAUAU